AUGAGCGGUCACAGUAAUCACGUGUGUGAACUUGAAUUAAUGGGCCGCAGAGCAUACGCGCGAGGAAUAUCAUACAAAUCCUUCUACAGCUGGUAUGGAUCUAUACUUGACCGACUCCAAACCGAAAUACGCAGGGAUGGAUCGGAUAUACCUGAACAUUUUCUAUCACUAACUGCUCAGGUUGAGACAUGGAAAUAUUUCUGUCAGUUAAAAAUGUCUAAAGAACUUUGUCAUGCAUACUAACUUAAAUAUAGGGCCCAAUGAAGCUUCCUUAGCGAAUAUACCCACAUGUAACCGCAGGGAACCACACACUUAUUCUGAGGCUCAGAACCAAGCCACGGCGCUUUUUGAAGAGCCAUCGCCCUCCCCUGGACUCACUUUAUCUGAAAAUGCUCCAGUCUACUCAGAUGAUAUUGGUGAGACCAUAUUCCCAAGGGACGCUCAACCCUCCUCAGCUACUACAACAUGCUCCGCUCACAGUUUUGCUUCAAGUCCUAGUUCAGCUUCGGUAAAUUGUGCACAUCUCUUGUCGAUAGAACAGAAUGUAUCACAAGAAAAGUUCAUUCCACCAGUUCCAUUAAAAUCUUUGCCUACAGAACAAUCGUUGCAAAAACCAAUCGUACGGCUCCCUUCUACAUUUCAGCCACUAGUUGGAUCAUUGCAUAAUACUACGCCUUCAGUCAAUAAAUUGGUUACAGAAAAAACACCGCGACUUGACGGUCUUGACGAUGGUGCAAACAAUGAUAUCAAGGAUGAGCCACAUGGUGUUGCUGAUGCCAGCGAAUCUCCAUUUCCAUACAAACCACGUGCCAACAAUAAAGAUCAUAUUGACAUAGCUGCGCGACAGGAAAGAUGGGGAUGUUGUGCAAACUGUCAUGCGAAAGAUCACCUUUUGCAGUUCUGCAUGGGUCCCGUGGAUAAAUUUGGUUUUAUCUCGGGUUGUCCUAGGUGCAACACCAUGACGCAUUUAUUUGAGCACUGUCCUAACCAAACGGAAAAUGAAUCGACGUCAUAUUUAAAUUAUCUAGUCAUGGUAUAGAUGACCAAUAUUGAAUCACAUGGGAAGCAAGUGACUGACUUUUUGAGGUUAGAGCAGACAUAAUCGUCCUCCAAUUCGUUGGACACAGGAUAUUCGCGGGAUACCUAAUUUUUGGAAUCAUUCGAUGCGUCCAUGGACAUGUGAAUUCUCUCUUAAGCAAGCAAGUAAGCACAGAGACUCAUAUAAUAACAGUGGUCGGUUAGAGAGGAACAUAUAUUACGAUCCGGCGUGGCAUAAUCCUGAUACAGUCCCCUUUCAAGCUUAUCCAAAGCAAAGGGUCCAGGAUAUGCGUCCAGGAGAGGAAUCCAAUCUUGGAAAACUUUUCGAUGAAGUAGUUUUAGAACAUGCACGCACUAUAGACCAUCUACAUAGAUUGGAAAGAUUUCGCGGGCUCUUCGGGCAAGAUUCAACCCUUCUCAGUCAAAAGUUCGAGGAAGUUCUAUAUCUGAGCAAUCAAAUCUCAUCAAAGAUGCUAGAAAAGAGGAACCGCAUAUUGAAUCUAGCCAGAAGCCUUGACUAUAUUGCAGAUUUAGAGUGGAAGGAAGCUAGUGGGAAGUCUUUGCUUCCUCAUGAGGCAGAAGCGAUGAAGACGAAAGAAGCGAGACUAAUAGUCUUAGCAACAAGAAUAGAUCAUUAUCUAGGGGAGCUUCAUGCUUCCUAUGAUAAUGAAAUGGGACUCAAGGAAAGAAUUACGAGGUUGUUAAGCCAAGUUCGAUGCCUUGUAAACUUUGAGAGCAUGCAAAAAAAUGGCGCGACCCUAAAUAAUGUUAUUCUUGAAGCAAUUGCGACCUCACGAGAAAAAGAAAAAAUUCUGAAAGUUUGGUUUGGCGCUUACCGUCGCCGAUUUUCAUUACCUCCAGAGCCAUUCUUUAUUAUGGUCAGUAAGAAAACCGCAUCUUGCACCGAUUUCCGCGAUUUCGCAUAUUCCUCAUUUCAUGCUUUGCAUUAUAUGCCGCCGCCAGAAUCACCGCCUCCAAGACGUCGCAAAAAUCCCGAGACAAUGUCGAGUCCCACUAUGGAUCUGAAGGAUACAGCAGAUCAAAACAGUAACAUCCUCAACAGGCAUUCAGCUAAUGAUGAUAUGUAUCGUGCCUAUGAACAGAACCACGGACGCAGUCGUAGUCCUCAUGAUCGGCAAGACUCAUUACCCCCAGCAAAAGACCUACCCAGCGUCCCGUUAAAUACAGCCCCUUCAUCAAACGACUCAAAUAGACCUAUGGAGCUUGCAGGUAGUGUACGAUAUAAGGUUGCACUAUCGAAGGAACAGAAGGCAUUAGAGAAAGAAAUAUCGGGGUUACAGAGAGAGAUCAAAGCAAUCGAAGGCUUUGAGAAAAGAACAGAAACUUUAACUACCAAACAGCUUGAGCAAGUAGCGAAGAAAGAAAAAAAGAAGGCGAGACUGGCCAGUUUGCGCAGACACCAAGAGAAUGGCCCAGGAUCACAAACUGUCCGAAUGAUACAUAAACUCGAAAAGAGCCAUUCUUCCAGAUUUACACAUGCCCAACAGAAAAUAGGAUCAGUAAAUAGGACCGGAUCUGGAAUAGGACAAUCAUCAAUCAAUCCUUCGUCUUCAAUUGACUCACCGCCGCGCUUGCCUAGUCAAGUGAAUAAUUUCCAAAAGAAAGUUAUUGAAUCUAAACCCCGAGUCUCAGCAAACUCCUACGCCGGAAAAGCCGCGCAUGCACCACCGAAGUUGAAGCCUCCAAGGGAGAAAUAUCGCAAAAACAAAGAGGUAUCAUCAAAACAAGAAGAAUGGCCUUCCACGAGCUCCCAAGCUAGAAUAUCAAGUCCUACUGUCACCAGAGAUGCUAAACCAAUUUCCUAUGCUGAAAAGCUUAGGCAGAUGCCACCCAAAAGUCCCCCCAAGCAGCAGCGUCGCGAAACAAAUAUUCGACCUGAAGCAAGGGAUGAAUCGCCGUCCAGGAGUUCAGAGGCGAAUUCGGAGGCAAAAGAACUCAACUUUGAUGUCGCCAAAGGAGCUCCAACAAUUCCACAUGCUGAAAAAUCUGGACAAAUUCCACACAAGCCAGAAACUCCACCAGCGCAGCAGGGUCAUGAAUCUCCCAAUAUAUCUAACUUACAAGAGUGGCCUGCCAUGAGUUCUCAGACGGAGGUUCUAGGGUCUAAUGUUACUGAUCGAGCUCCAGGAAUAUCAUAUGCUGAAAUGCUUGCGCAAGAACCACCGAAUUCAGAGGCUCUCGAAGAGCACUACAGUGUCCGUGAUUCAUCUUCAGCAGAGGAAGAAUGGCCUCCCAUAAGUUCCCAGACAGAGGUAUUAAGCUCUGGUGUCAUCGGCCGAGCUCUAGAAAUAUCAAAUGCUGAAAAGAUUGUGCAAGAACAAAUAUCGCCCAAGCUAGAAUCUUCCAAGGAAUCUACCAUUCUUAAAAGUCCAGCUCCUUUCCCAAUACUGAGUGCAAUGGAAACACAAUCUGUAGCAAGCGAUGAGUCCGAAUCCACAAGCUAUUCCGAUAUAGCUUCCGGUCUUAAGAAAACAAGUCAAGAUAUAAAAGCUAGCUUCAAAGUUCUCAAGUCAAAGUUGCCGCCUCCUGUUUAUGAGAUUCAAGAGGAUUUCUCGUCGUUGAAUGAACUUCAAUAUUCUCCCGUUGCAGAAAAAGAAACGGCUUCGACUUCCAACCCCGCAUCAAAAAUUUCCAGCUCAGGGGAAGUCUUCCAGGAGGCGAGCACUCCUGUAUCUGUGGAACAGCAAUCAACAUCUUCUAUGUAUGUAGCACCGCACAGGAGGAGAAUGCCGUCUUUUUGCAGCAUGAAAUCUUCCUCUUCACUACAAAGCGGAAACACCAAUAUCUAUUUACCACCCCCAAGGAGAAGACUCUCCUCCGCAUCAAGCGUUGAAUUCAUACUACCUUCUAAUUCCCUCUCGCUUAACAAAAGACGAGUAUCUUCAGGAUCUAUGGGCCAUUUCUCGUAUAAAUCUAAUACUUAUAAUCCUCCCCGUGCUAGAUCUCCCAAGGCACAGCCAAAUCAGCUCAAUUCACACACUCCGACGUUGAGAGUUUUAAGCGAAGUUUUUCGAGAAGAUUCAGAUAUUAGCGUGCCAGAGGAAUCACAGGACAUAAAUUCAAAAGAACAGACAUCACCAUUGCAUAGUCCGGCUCUGAAUAAUAAUCAAUUGCUAUUCCCGCCAACGGAGUACUCAGAACGCGCAACUAGAAGAUGUUUUUCAACGCCACCAAGUCUGGAUGCGGAAGAUAUGGAUCUUCGUGGCAAUAUCAGUCGUGCAAGUAGUCCAGGAUCUACAAAUUUGCAGCAAAAACAAACACGAACUUUGAGGAGACCCGAAAAGCGUCGUGCUCUGUGCUCUGGUUCCUCUGUAUCAAUUCAAACAUCGUCGUUACUGGUUCCUUCAAUCGCAGGUCUUCAAAGCGGUAUCGCGCAUAAUUAUAAUGGGUCGUCUAAAGUCUCGUCAAGGACGGGCUCGUCUGUUGGCAGUUUAAGCGAUACGGAUUUUUCAUUUGAACUUCCACUGCCGGAUGAUUUUGAUAUCUCAUUCGAGCUUGAGCAUCCUGACGAAUUUGAUACUUCGCUUCAUCAUCCACAUCCGGAUGAUUUUCUAUUAAGUGAUGAUGAAGAUGAUUUGAAAGAAUGCCGAGUCUUAAAUCCACCAGAUUCAUUCAAACUCGAUACUUUAUCUGACAGUUCUUCUAAUCAAGAUGACAUAAACGCAAAUGCGGAUGCAGAUGCAACAACAUCUAACAAUAACCCAAACAUCCAAGAAGCACCAUUAGACUCAUGGGCAGAUGAACGUGAAAACAUAAUUUGCUGGCAAUGCAACAAAGUAGGACACUUUACAGCCGAAUGUCCCGAGCGAGCUUUCAACCCUCUAAUCGAAGAAAUCAGUCACAGCAACACCACUAUGACAUCCGAGCACAAUGCCAACCAAGCAACAGGAGUCCAAGACCCAUCGACCUUGCAUCAAGAAACUAGUUUAAAUAUCUCAACUCCAACGGUACGCACUGAGACGGGGCAAAGAACACAACAACAAGAAGAAGAAGACGAAAAUUCACUAGAAAGAAAACAUCCCAGUCCUACUCAUCCGCCUGGCGCAAUGAGAGAUAAUGGAUCAAUCGUGCAGUUCGAUGCCGGUGAUUGGAAAUGCGGGUCGAAUGGGUGUGAUUAUUGGAAUUUUGCGGGGAAUACGUGUUGUUUGUGGUGCGGGGCGAGUCCGAAUACUGCGGCUGUUAUUUUGGGCUCGAGAAUUGCUGGUGCUGCUCAUAGUACUGUUUGAGUAGAAAGAUAUUUUGAGAGUUCUGGUAAUGUUCUAGUGAUGGGAUAGAUAGUGUUGGCAUAUUAAGGAUUCGGAACAUACCGUACGUAUCUGGAGCUAAUGGUAGGUAUGAGAAUAUCGAAUCGAGAUAGCUAUAGAUCGAUGUCAUGAGAUCGAUCCAGUCAUCGAUCAGUCCCCGGCACGGGUCUAAGCUAAGAAGAAUUUGGAUCAGCGUUAAAACUUGAAUUAUUAACUGCCAGUGGCAUGGACAGAGGAAUUCGAAAAGGAUAUGGAUAUGGAAUUGGAGUUGGAUACAAAUAGCCGAGCAAUAUCGAUAUCAAUAUCGAUGUCCUCCGUCGACUUGGAUACAUUCUCGAUAUUCGGUCCUUCGUAUCACAUCCAACCACUCGAUCAAUUGAUAUAUUUGUUUGUUUGUUUCUUUGAAUAGCUAGCUCGAUAUAGACAU